UUGUGAACAGUGUUAUUGAUUUGUUUUACAGACGCCUGCAAUAGUGAACACGCAGAUCAGGCCUGCCAAACGGAACAGGCAGUGUGUUCGUUUGUUGAGACGCAGGCGCUGAGGGCCCAGCUUUCUAGCACGAGGCAACGACUGGAACGGUGUCAGAAGGAGCUUGCGAAAAUGAGAGUCCUGGCCAACAAAAAUGCAAGACUCGUUCAAAACCUGGACAAACUAUCCACCCGCAAGGAGCUUAUCUUCGAUCAGUGCAUCAUGAAGGCAAAUGCGAAAUCUCAGAAAGCUGCCAGGUACAAGAAAGAAUGGAUCUAUGACUACCUGCUGCUGAAGAUUAAGUCGACAGCGGUCUAUACAUUCCUUCACGAGAAUGAAUACCUUCCCUUGCCCAACCCUCGCACCCUCUGCAUGCACCUGAGGAGCCUGAAGGCUGACUUUGGUUUUGACAGCACUCUGUAUAAUUCACUGUUCUCAAAGACAAGCUGCAAGUACUUCCUGAGAGAGAGCGUCGAGGUGUGCUGAUGUUCGACGAGAUGAGCGUAAGAAAGAGUCUGCACAUUAGGGAGUCAGAUAUGG